AUGAUAUCCCUCUUUACUCUCGCCCUCUGGGCCCUAGCCCUCCUCGCACCCGUCCUCGGCGCCGAGGUGGUCCCCCGCGCGACCUUCACCGAGGUGACCAACUACGGGUCCAACCCAACGGGCACUCGCAUGUGGCUGUAUGUGCCGCGCAACCUCGCGGCGAAGCCGGCCGUCGUCGUGGGCAUCCACUGGUGCAGCGGCAGCGCGCAGGCCUACUACCAGGGCAGCAUGUGGGCGACCAACGCGGAGAAGUACGGGUACAUCGUCAUCUACCCGCAGACGCCCUCCACGCGCGACAACUGCUGGGACGUGGCGAGCAAGAUGACGCUGACGCACGGCGGCGGCGGCGCGAGCAACUCCAUCGCCAACAUGGUGAGCUUUGUCGUCGCGCAGUACGGCGCCGACACGAGCCGCGUGUUUGCGACGGGCAUCUCGUCCGGGGCCAUGAUGACGAACGUCCUCGCCGCGACAUACCCCGACGUCUUCGCCGCCGGCAUUGCCUACGCGGGCGUCCCCGCCGGCUGCUUCAUGUCGGUGGACGACAUCCCCGACUUCUGGAACUCGACGUGCUCGACGGGCCAGUCCAUCUGGACGCAGCAGCAGUGGACCAACGUCGUCAAGGAAAUGUACCCGGGCUACACUGGGCCGCGGCCCAAGAUGCAGAUCUACCACGGGUCGGCGGACGAGGCGCUCAACGUGCAGAACUACUACGAGACCAUCAAGCAGUGGACGGGCGUGUUCGGCUACUCGACGACGCCCGUGUCGGAGACGGCCAACUACCCGCGCAGCCCGUACACCAAGUACGUGUUUGGGGACAAGCUGCAGACCUUCCUGGGCGCCGGCGUGUCGCACUCGAUCGACGUGUUUUGGGAAGAGGACCUCAAGUGGUUCGGUUUCGUGAGGACGACUGGAAGGGACUCUGACCUUGGUGAUGCAGACACCGGUGAGCUCCUCGUCGGUUCCGACGGCGACGGCGACGACACCUCCCGUGACCACGAGCCGCGCAUCGACGACGCUGGUGGUCAGCACGACGACGACGGCCAGGACAACGACGACGACGACCUCGGCGGCCGGGGGAUCGGGGACGUCGCCGCAGUGGGGGCAGUGCGGCGGCAUCGACUGGAAGGGUCCGACGACGGGUACUCGCAGUGCCAGUAG